CAUUCGCAUUUCGCAGGGCGGAAAACAGGAAAAUUCCCCAUCUGUGCCUCGUGAUCUCCGGUCCCCUCCAACGCCGACUCGCCGUCGCCUCCAACCCGACCGGCGACCGCGCGUCCCCGACGCCCUCAGCGCCCGCCUCUCGCGCGACACCGUGGCGACUAGUGUUUCCUAGCACCGCCUGCAUCCCCCACCUCCGACCGGGUCCGCAGACGUCGGUGUCCUUCGCAUUCCUCCGCUGUGCACGUCGUCAGGCCGGCGAUCUCCGCUCCCCCGUCGUUGGCUCUCUCCCCGAGGGAAAUCCCCUCUUCACCCGUCCGUCGUGUUCCUCCGGCCGUCCCAGCCGCAAGGAGGUAGGGGCCGACGGCUUCCCCAUCUCCCUACCCCAACAGCAAAUUCCUCUGUUCGCGAGGUGAGGGGAAGCUAGCACAUGUGACACAUCAGUGACAGAUAGAAGUCUGUGUCCACUGGAUGUGAAUUGUGAAUUUCAUUCGAUUUGAGUUGAGAUGGCUGUUGGAUUGACAUCCCAGCUGUUCCUAAGGCUGCCUGCUUCUCACAUAUUUUGCCAAAGGAACAAAUUUAGGAGCCAUCAGAUGAGGAGUUCUCUUCCCUUGUCAUCCACUUCGUUUCCUUCAAUUGCUGAUGUAUGCUUUCUUUCUUUUCAAUUGUUAAGCUAACAGCACUGUUCAUUCAUUCUAAGACCAAAUUUUGAAGGGGUUGUGACUAGGGAUGCUUCUUUUCUCAUGCUCUGUCAUAAGGCAUGUAACUGUUCAUUUAUCCUUUUUUGUCACCUUUCUGUUGUUUCAAAAUUGGAAUUACAAUCAGUUUAGCUGUAGCAAAUGGUUCUUUCAAGUGUGUGUAUAUUUUGACAGAAGAAUUAAUGAAAACUAACCAUUACCUCUUUUUCUUUCAUGUAGUUGUAAUACAUAACUCCGCGUAUAUCAUGAUAUUAUUUUUCAAAACUUUUUUUAUUUUGAAAUAUUUUCUGAACAAUUUAAACUUAUUCCAAAUUCCAAAAGAAUGUGUUGAGUAUAUUUGGUAGUAUAGGAAAUAUCUCGGGGGGGGGGGGGGCAUUACCACUAUAUGUUCACCCUCAAGGCUCAAUGUAAUACAGACCACAAUCAUACGCAAUCUAUCCUUCCUACAGAAUGAGGCAUUUGGGUGUAUUUGGUUUGAGUUGUGUAGAGAACACAGCCACUCAGAAUAUCAAAAGGCAUUAGUCAUACUCACUAGGAAAUAAAGUUAAGCAAUAUGCUGCUGCUUUUGGGUGUAAAUGUAUUUCUUUGAACUAAAGGCUUAUCUGCGUGCCUUUUGAUCAAUCGGUUACAUGAAACAUACUUCAUCAUAUUUGUUGAUAGGUUGAGAAAUAUCAAAUAAGGCUCUUUAUAUAAUAUACUCCCUCCAUUCACCUUUGAUAGAUAUAUUUCAAAAAUUCAAAUGUUCAUAAAUGAUAGAUAUAUUUGCUAAUGCCGACGGGGGUUCUUGUGGAAGGGCCACAAAGAUGUUAGAGGCGGCCAUUGUCUCAUUGCUUGGCCUAAGGUGACAAGGCCAGUUGAGCUUGGUGGUCUUGGCAUUACAAAUCUGCAGCAACUUAGUUGGGCCCUCAAUUUGCGGUGGUUAUGGUUGCAGAAGACCGAACCCGACAAGGUGUGGAACUUCUUUCCUGUCCAUGCACCAAAGCAGGUCAAGGCUUUCUUCUCAGUGGCCAUUGUUUCUGAGGUUGGAAAUGGAAAAAACACUUGUUUUUGGUCGGACAGAUGUCUGCAUGGACAAAGAUUGGAUCAAUUACUGCCUCAUUUGUUUGCUGCAAUAGCACCUAGAGCUCGGAAGAGAUCGGUGUUUGAUGCCUUGGAUGAUGCGCGUUGGAUCUCAGACAUCAAAGGAGCACUCACUCUAGAAGUUCUUGCGGAAUACCUUGAAUUAUGGGACUUCCUCUCUAAUUUUUCCUUGCAAGCAGAAGUGGAAGAUGUUCAUGUGUGGCAGUUUUCUACCACUGGACAGUACACCAACAAAUCUGCCUAUGAGGCUCUUUUCAUUGGAGCUACUAGCUUUGGCCCCUGGAAACAGAUUUGGAAGAGUUGGGCUCCAGGCAAGUGCAAAUUCUUCCUUUGGACAGCUGCUUUGAACAGAAUUUGGACUGCAGAUCGCCUGGCCAGGAAAGGUCUUUCCCACCCUGCUGCCUGCCCUCUCUGUGAUCAGGCUGAGGAAACUGCGGAUCACCUGCUGGUUGCUUGUGUCUUUUCCCGACAAGUAUGGUUCAUGGUCUUGCAAACAUACUCUCUACAAACCUUGGCUCCACUGAAUGACCUCUCUUUUUUUGAUUGGUGGAUGGCCGCUAGCAAUAGAGUGGAUGGUCUGGUUAAAAAAGGCUUUGACUCCAUUCUUAUUUUGGGAGCCUGGACCAUCUGGAAGCAUCGCAACCGCUACGUCUUUGAUGGGAUUACUCCUGAUGUGUCUUGUGUUGUCUCGGUCAUCAAAGAGGAUCUAAGACAGUGGUCCUUUGCUGGGGCUCGAGGAGUGUCACAUGUCCUCGCCCUAGGAAAUCAGGUGGUUUAGGUGCUUGUCUCGGUUCUUGUUGGUCAGGUCUCACCCCUUGUGUGUGUUCUUGUAAUAGCUCUUAAGGGGUCUGUCUUGGGCUUGGUACAGGCCCUAAUUGUACCUUUUGGGGCUCUUACCCCUCCUUUCUUCUUAAUAUAUUGAGGCGCAGUUCUCCUGCGCUUUUGAGAAAAAAAAAAAGAGAACUACUAACUGAUGUUGAUAAAUGUUGUGUAUUUAUCUGUGCUUGCAUUCAUCACACAUGCUUCACUAAGCAACAAUGCUGUUUAUAAAAUCAUAAUCCACUAUGUCUCUCCAAACAUAGACUUGGGGGGAUUGUGGAGUCAAAAUUUGUUGGCCUUAUCAAAACGCCAUUUGCACUUUCAUUGCUAAAACUACUUUACAACAUUGUAUUUUACAGUUUUAUCAACAAUAUUAUUUUCAGAUGUGUGCCUUGGAGACUGAAAGCAUAAAACUUAGAAUUAGGUAUCAAAGAAGACUGUAGAACCGAAACUUGACGUACUUUAUGCUUUAUAGUAUAACUAGCAUAAUGCCCGUGCGUUGCUACGGGUAACAUAAUAAACCUACAUAAUACUACCAAAACUUUAUGCUCUUUCACUUCCUGUACAGGCCGUGUCAUGAUCGUGGGAGGCAUUCAUUGUCCGGGUUCUGAUUAGGAUUCCGAUUAAUUUGUCCCGGUUCCAAUUAGGAUUCCGAUUGAUAUGUCUGGUUCCGAUUAGGAUUCCAAUUGACGGACCAAGGAAACAUUUCUUGCUUUAGAAAUAGUAGAGAUAGAGAUGUGUAAUCCACAGCCUUCUCUUAUUUCCAUCCUACCUUGAGUGUUGCCAUUGGUUCCAAGAUUUGUUCCAUGAUAUUAUUGUUGUAUAGAAAUAAUUCUGUUUUUUUCCUUAUAAUUUGUGCCACUGCAGUCGUUAAUAGCAAUGUUGCUUGGACAUGGCUGUGGGUGUCAGAGACUGAUUCGUGUGUAGGUGUCUGACUCAGCAAAGGGGUUGGGAUUCAACAAUGGCGUGGUGUGCAACUGGACAAAUCUUUUUUAGAAAUGAUGGUGUCCAAGUUAUACCGAUUAAAAAGUGCACUGAUUUCGCCCAACUGUUGUAGAUCUUACAUAGUAACUCAUGUUUUUAUUUUAUUUGUUUCUGUUUUUGCAGCGACAAGAUUAUUGGGGUCAUUAUGUGUUGGAGAGUAACUACAGGCUCAUGCCUUAUAUUCCUAACAGAUAUAGAUCUUUGGGCUUUAGGUCUUUUGCCUUGCCAGUUCCUUUGCAGGAAAAUCCUCUUAUCAAGAGCACGUCAUUAGCACUGACUAGGUCAUGUGAUACUUUACUUGCAAAUCCUGCUACUUCGCUUGUGUUCACUGCAGUUGGAAUUAUUGUGUUUGCUCUAUGGGGUUUUUUGCCUCUAAUGCGGGAUAUUAGAAACCGUUUUGAUGUAUGCUUCUGUUACAUGCAACCAUAUUUAUAUGAUUAUAUACUGGGCUAGCUAAAUAUAUGGCAACACAUAAUGGACCUUGCAGCAUGGAGGCAACUGGAAGAAGAGCCGUACUUAUUUAGUUUCUUCGUCCUACCUUCAACCUUUACUUCUCUGGACAGGAGCAACACUAAUCUGCAGGGGUUUGGAUCCAGUUGUGUUGCCUUCAGCAGCAAGUCAAGCUGUGAAAACGCGCCUGAUAACUUUCGUGAGAUCAUUAUCAACUGUCCUGGCUGUUGCUUAUAUUCUCACAAGGUGCAGAUACUACAUUCUAUGAAAAACUUCAGGUGUUGUUUCUUGACUCAGCAGGUACAGAAGUUUCUUGUGGAUAUGCGUAAUCCCAAUGAUACAAGAAAUAUGGGAUUUGAUUUUAUCACAAAAGCUCUUUAUACUGGUAUUUGGAUUGCUGCCGUUUCUCUCUUUAUGGAAUUGCUGGGCUUCAAUACCCAGAAGUGGAUAACUGCUGGAGGUUUUGGGACAGUAUUGCUUACACUUGCUGGUCGUGAGAUUUUCACUAACUUCCUCUCGAGUGUCAUGAUCAAUGCUACAAGACCAUUUGUAGUCAAUGAAUGGAUCAAUGCAAAGAUAGAUGGUGUUGAAAUCUCUGGCAUUGUCGAGCAUGUUGGUUGGUGGUCUCCAACAAUUAUUAGAGGUGAUGAUCGAGAAGCGAUAUACAUUCCUAACCAUAAGUUUACAGUUUCUAUAGUAAGGAACAACACCCAGAGAACCCAUUGGCGUAUUAAGACCUAUCUUGCUAUAAGCCACAUGGAUGCUGGAAAAAUUGGGGUUAUUGUUGCAGACAUGAGGAAAGUGUUGGCAAAAAAUCCACACAUAGAACAACAGAAGCUGCAUAGGAGAGUAUUUUUUGAGAAAAUUGAUCCGAAAAAUCAGGCACUUAUGAUUUACAUAUCCUGUUUUGUGAAGACAUCGCAUGUCGAGGAGUAUCUCAAUGUCCAGGAAGCUGUUAUGUUGGAUCUUCUUAGAAUAGUUGGCCAUCACAAAGCAAGGCUUGCUACCCAAAUUCGAACGGUUCAGAAAUCAUAUGGCAAUGCAGACUUUGAUAACAUUCCUUUUGGAGAGGACAUGUAUAGCCGCACCCGUGGCCGUCCACUUCUGAUCGAUACAUCUGCGAGGAUCAGUGAUGACAAAGCCAAACCUCGACAGGCACUGUCACGUGAGGACCAGAAAGGGAAGACAAAUGGUUCGGUACAGAUCAAAUCCGCUACACUUGAAAAUCGUAAUGUAAGCAACUCUGAAAAGCAGGAACAGAAAAAAUUGGUAACUGAAGAUGCUAGGAUGAAGAACAGCAAGAGUGAUAACGUGACACCAGUAAUACCGUCUUCAGAUGCUGUUUCGUCAACUUCUAAGACUGGUAAAGGGAAGGCACAGGAACUUGAGGCCACUGAACGUCAAGGAGAUGGUUCCGUGUCGUUGCCUAAUCCGAAGAAAGAAUCUAGUCCAGCUUUCGAAGACAACAUUGUUCUGGGCGUUGCUCUCGAGGGCUCCAAGAGGACGCUGCCUAUUGAAGAAGGAAACCCUUAUCCAUCACACACCAAGUCUGAGACUGACACCGUAGAGGCUGCUUCAUCACCGAAGGAAAAGAUAGCUCAAAGACCGAAAAUUUCAGGUCAAGAGAGGACUGACCAGAGGAAUGUAGAUAGGUGAUCCGAGUUCAGAUCGAACCCUUAUGAAGAAUUGUCACCAAGCCUACCUUUUUUUGUGCGCUGGUGCAAAUGCGAUGUGAUCCGCAUCAUUCAUGUGUGUUCAAGGUGUAAAUUGCUGCUGAUGAUUAUUCUGGGAACACAACUUGAAAUAUAUCUAUCAGUCCUAUUGUAUAGGCUUGUAAAAGUUUCAAGGGAACAUACAUUUUGUACAUGCACUGCAGCAACUGAUUUAAGUUGGUUUUUGCAUGGGCAUGCAUGCGCUGCAGCA